AUUUAAGUUGAGACUUGAUCCAUCAGGCCUCAAGCCCACCCAGAGCAUUUGUUGCAGAGAGCAAUCUGUUCUGUUGUUGUUUGUGUCUAGCCAUGGAAGUUGGUGCUACCAUAGCUUCUUCACGCUUCUCACCCAUUAUAUACCCACCCAGCUUAUCUUCUUCUUCUUGUUCUUCAUCACCCACCAGAUGUUCUUCCUUGAAAAAGACCACUCCUAGAGCUGCUGCCAUUUCCUUAUCCACCAAUUUUUUAUCUCCCUACACGUCCGGCAGUGUUUCCGGCGACUUUUCCGGUCAAAAGAUUCGACCCCUUUCUCUCAACCCACAUGCCCCUUGUUCCUCCUCUCCCAAACGAGGUGUUGUUACUAUGGUAAUUCCUUUUUCACGAGGAAGUGCGUGGGAGCAACCUCCUCCGGAUCUAGCAUCCUAUUUGUACAAAAAUCGGAUUGUUUAUUUGGGCAUGUCUCUUGUUCCAUCUGUCACUGAGUUGAUACUUGCUGAAUUUCUUUACCUUCAGUAUGAAGAUGAGGGAAAGCCAAUUUACCUUUACAUAAAUUCCACAGGAACAACUAAGGGUGGAGAGAAGCUGGGUUAUGAAACAGAAGCUUUUGCAAUUUAUGAUGUUAUGAGUUAUGUCAAGCCACCUAUCUUUACUCUGUGCGUGGGCAAUGCUUGGGGAGAAGCUGCCUUGCUAUUAGCUUCUGGUGCUAAAGGUAAUCGUUCGGCCCUGCCUUCAUCAACAAUAAUGAUCAAGCAGCCAAUUGGAAGGUUUCAAGGUCAAGCUACGGAUGUCAACCUUAUGAGAAAAGAAGUUAAGAAUGUGAAGACGGAAUUGGUAAAUCUCUACACAAAGCAUAUAGGAAAAUCACCAGAGCAGAUUGAAGAGGACAUUAGGCGUCCAAAGUAUUUUAGUCCUAGUGAAGCACUUGAAUAUGGGAUCAUUGACAAGGUUCUGUACAAUGAGAGAGGAAGUGAGGACAGGGGGGUUCUGUCGGAUCUAAAAAAGGCACAACUUAUCUGAUUUUGUGAAAGUGGGAUUGGUACUUCAUAAAGUUCAGAUAAUUUUAAUUUUGUAGGUAGAAGCUAGCCAACCCCUGCAGUUUUAGCAAGCACUCUUUUUGAAUCAUACUCUCCUUGCUUGUCAAAUCUUUUGCUGCGACGAUCAUGGUCAUUCUACUCUGAUGUUGAGUAAUUGAUGGCAAAUGUACAACUUUCUGUAUUAUUACCUAUGCAACACAGUCUGUUGAACAUUGGAGACAGUAAUAGCUUAAUAGUAGUUUGAAUGUAGAAUGGUUUGAGGUACCUUAUCUCUGUAACCUGGGGAGGGGGCUUUUGGAGUAUUAAGCCACAUGCUUGUAUCUACUUUGGUUAAUGUUGUUAAGCCACAUGUGAAAUACUGCAAUAUCAGCUUUCUCUUGGAUUGAAUUUUGGGACUAUAUCUAUUUUGGAGCUCUUAGUUUUGA